GAUAUUACCUGUAGAUCUUUUAUAAUUAUGUAUUUUCCUUGAGUAACAUUAUUGUAAUGCUUGGCAAAAAUACAUUAGGGUUUACUUGUAAAUAACUACUGUACAAAAGCAUCACCAGAUCAACAGUUACGUUGUGGAAUUGGAAUAGCAGUCACACAGAGAAAAGAAUAAACACACACUGCAGCCCACACAGCUGCAUCCAAUGGAGGUCUGGCUACAUGUAAUAUGGGUAUGUUUUACUAAUGAGCUGAUUGUUUUCUGACAUAUUUAGCUUGCUGGACUGUUUUCUAUAUUUUGUUUUGAAUUAGUUUGCGUCCUGCUUUUUUUUUACUUUACUUUUUUUUACUUAAUCCUUGGAUUAAAAUCUCUUACUGCUUUAUCUUAGAAACUCAUUUAUUUAAUUAAAAAUCAAAAGAUUUGUUUUAAGACAAGAACAACAGAUUUUUUCCCCUGGGGCAGUUUUUCCAGAAAACAAGCUUUCGACUGUUGCAAUGGAGAUUGUUUGUUUUAAGUAAGCAGCUCAUUAAUGUGGGAUGAUAACUUUACAGUAAAAAUACUAGGUGAGGUAACCUUGCCUUUUGCUGAAUAUUUGUCUCAGCAGCGUCUCAGAGCAAUGACUGUGUCUCACCGCCAGGGGGAGUGUUAAAGCAGAAAGUAUGAACAGUGGGAGGGAAGAGCUGAUUUGCAUGAGAAGAGCUUUUCAGGCCAAUGGCCAGACUGGAGAGAGGGAAUAUCAGGAUCCAGCAGGAAGCGAUGUGUCAGGUUACUCACUCCUCUCCUCGGGCUAGAAAGAGCAGGAGAUCAAGGGAGAAAGAGGAGGAGAGGCUAGAAGUAAAUGGGCCAAGCAGCCUUUUCAUUUUUGCUGUGUGAGAUCACUCUGUGCAGAAUGUGUUGGAAUCUGCUUCACUCCUGAAAACAAGACAGAGCACGAUAGAAGAAGAGACAGAGGUAAAGAAGGGAAACGGGAAGGAAAGGAAGGAGGCUGAAGGAGGAGACUUGGACGACUUUGGGGAUUUUUGGGAUCUUCUCUUUGAACAGGAUCUAGUUGGCAAAGAGUCACACGGGCUGAGCUACAGACUCAGAGUCACCAGGCCACCUCACUGCAGCAGGGACACAAUGAACUAUCUGAACGUUUUGGCCAAGGCGCUGUUUGACAAUGUGGCAGAGUCUCCAGAUGAGCUGUCCUUUCGCAAAGGUGACAUCAUGACAGUGUUGGAGCGAGACACCCAGGGCCUGGACGGCUGGUGGCUCUGCUCCCUUCACGGUCGCCAAGGCAUCGUCCCCGGCAACCGUCUGAAGAUCUUGGUCGGCAUGUACGACAACAAGCAGCAGGUCACGCCUUCCAGCCCAGAUCCAGCUGCUUCCUGUCCUGCAUCGCACCCGUCUCACAGCAUCUACACCAAACCAACAGCUUCUAUGCCAUCCACCGUUGCUACUUCUUCAUCUGGAUUUGCAAACAAACCCCUUUCCUCAGCUCAGUAUACGUCUAUGCACCAAGCAUACUCCAUCCCCAGCCCUGCACAGCCCAACUCCGACUCUGUAUAUAUGAUGCCCCCCUCCCAUGGACCCAAGUCAAGUCCCCAGAGUAUGUACCAAGUCCCUGCUGGCCCCGGUGCCCCCCCCCAACAGUCCCAGCCAGCACCCCCCAGCAAAGCUAUAGCUCUAUCCCAGAGACAGUACCAGCUGCCUGCGCAGGACAUCUACCAGGUGCCCCCCUCUAUAGGACCAGGACCAGUCCAGGGCCUGACCCCAGCCGUGAGCGCAGGGGUUGGGCAGGAUGUGUACCAGGUGCCCCCCUCCCUGGAUAAGAGAGGCAACAAACCAACGGGCAAGGUUGUUGUCCCGACUCGGGUUGGACAGAUCUACGUGUACGACCCUGUGAAGUCAGACCAAGAUGAGUAUGAUGUCCCACCCAGACAUCAGCCGUCCACUCAACAAGACAUAUAUGAUGUGCCCCCCACCCGCCAGCAGUACAGCACUCAGGUGUAUGACACUCCACCGAUGGUGGUGAAGGGGCCCUCUAGUGGCCAGGAGCUAUAUAACACGCCAGCAGCCACAGACAAGAACAUGCAGCAGACGAUAUAUGACUUCCCUCCAUCUGUUAGUAAAGACGUCCCUGAUGCUCAUCCCGUCAGAGAGGAGACUUAUGACGUACCACCACACUUUGUCAAAAUCAAGCCAAAAGUUUCUCCCCAGUUUCAGCACAACAACAACGUUUCGGACGACGAGCUGCCCAUUCCAGAGGACGUGUACGACGUCCCGCCCCCGAUCCUGACUGACAAGCAUUAUCAUGCCGACAGGGGCGGCGCCAUCCAGGCCCCUCAGGACAUAUAUGACAUCCCUGCCAGCCUGCGGCGUGGGGGUCACCCAGCUCAAGACAUAUACGACUUCCCCCGGGAGCGAGAGGACAGAGGAGGAGAAAGUGGAGACCACAAUGUAUACGAUGUCCCCCCACAGGUGGUGCGUGAUGCCCAGUCCACCAACGAGGAACUCAGCAUGUCCUUCAAGCGUCUGUCUGCCUCGAGCACAGGAAGCACACGGAGCAACCACUCUGCUUCAUCCUUAGACAUGGUUCCUGUCCGUGACUCCUCUUCGUCCUCCACGCUUCCAAAUCCAGGCUCCACUUCAGGCAAACCCCUCCUUCUGGACCUGGAGCAGGCAAUGGAGCGUCUGUCUCGCCUCCAGCAGGCGGUCGAGUCCAGCGUUUCUCUCAUGAUGUCCUACAUCACUGGUAACUGGAGAAGUCCUGCUCACUUAGAGGGGAACCUGCCUGCCAUUCAUCAGGCGGCUGACCGCGUGCGCACCACUGUCCGUGAUCUCUUAGAAUUCGCCCGUGGCGCUGUGGCCAACGCUGCUCAGGCAACAGACCGCACUCUGCACACCAAGCUGGGCCGUCAGGUGGGGAAAAUGGAGGAGGUCUUUCAGAGUCUGAUUCGACACAGUCAAAGCUUAGACACCAUUUCCUGGUCACAUGCUGCGCUCGCAGCUCCGCUGGCCGGGGGGGACGACUUGGAUCGACUGAUUAUGACAGCCCGUGGUAUCCCAGACGAUGCUAAGCAGCUGGCGUCCUUUCUCCAUGGUAACGCCUCACUCCUCUUCAAACGGACCAACCGGCAGCAGCAGCUGCCACUUCCUCCGUUGCCAGGGGAGAUCAGCGGACAGGUGACGGGAUCAGGAAGCGGGACUUAUCAGGGAGGGGAGAAGGUGAGCAUCCAGUCGCGUCCCCUUCCCUCCCCACCGAAGUUUACAGCUGCAGAGGAAGAGGAGGGAGUGGACAGGCCCUAUGAGGCCACAGAGGAAGGCUGGAUGGAGGACUACGAUUAUGUGCAUCUACAGGGGAAGGAGGAGUUUGAGAAGAACCAAAGACAGCUGUUAGAAAAAGGCAACAUCACCCGACACAACAAGGAGCAACUGGAACAGCAACAGAUCAAGCAGUUUGAGCGGCUGGAGCAGGAAGUGAGCCAGCCCAUUAACAAUGACAUGACGGGCUGGUCCCCAUCCCCACACCACCCAUUGGCCAAACAGCUGUCGCACAACGGUUCCGGUGGACCCUCCAAACUGUGCCAUGGCGACAGGCAGCUCCUCCUUUUUUACCAGGAGCAGUGUGAGCAGAAUGUCACCACAGUAACCAACGCUAUCGAUGCUUUUUUUACUUCGGUCAACUCCAACCAACCGCCCAAGAUCUUCGUGGCGCACAGCAAGUUCGUCAUCCUCAGCGCGCACAAGUUGGUGUUUAUUGGGGACACGUUGUCGCGCCAGGCCAAAUCUCCUGAAGUGAGGACGCGCGUGGCCCAGGGCAGCAACACCCUUUGUGAAAAACUCAAAGACAUUGUUAUAAGCACGAAAACAGCAGCUCUCCAGUAUCCGUCCCCUGGGGCAGCCAGGGAGAUGACUGAGCGGGUGAAGGAGCUGGCAGGGUGCACACAGCAGUUCAAGAUGGUGCUGGGACAGCUGCUGGUCAUGUAGUGGCGAUACAGAGUGCAAGGAAACACAUGUGGUCUUGGAUCCUGGGGGUCUGGGACCUUGUCUGACCUCACAUCCAUCCUCCACUGCCUCUCAACCUUCCCUCUCAUGUGCUUCAUUCUUGACUCGAACUAAAAGGAAUCAGUGGGCUGGGCCAAUAGUUGUAAAAUAAUCAUUGUAAAUAUUUAAGUUACAUAUUUAGUCAGAAAAUCAUAAUGAAAAAUCACUAACAAUCUUUUACCACACACGCACCCAUACACACACACACACACACACACACACACACACACACACACAUAUAUAUAUAUAUAUAUAUAUGGCAUUUUUGUUUUUCUAUAGUUUGUAGACCAUAUCAAUCAUAAUGCUACUGUAUAAUUAUGACUCUCGAGCCUUGUGUCAUUUUUGCUCUGGACAUGUAAAUUACAGAUGAUAUGUAUGGCUGUAUGUUGUAGUAUGUCUCUGCUUUCCUUCAUACCACACCCUCUCCCAAAACCACACUGGUGCACACACCUGAACCUUAUCUUACAGCUUUAUACUGUACAUCGCCAUGUUGCCUCUGUGUCACCAACUGUAGCCCCAUAUCGAUUCAGUCGUUCUUACAUAUGAUCUCUGUGUCAUCGUUUCUUUUGGAUGAAAAAUAUCUAUAGGUUUUUUGUAUAAGGCAUGUGUUUGGAAAACGAUCUGUAAAAUGUUACAGACACCAAAUGAAAUUAAAUCUAGUCUUCUCUUGUCUGAUG